AUGCCUGACUUCAAGCUCUCCGCCUCUCUCGAAGGUCACGGCGAUGAUGUUCGCGCCGUGGCCUUCCCAAAUCCCAAUGUCAUCCUCUCGGCCUCUCGUGAUGCCACCGUCCGACUCUGGAAGCUCGUCUCCUCCCCGCCUCCAACUUACGAUUAUACGAUUGCCGCGCACGGUCAGGCCUUUAUCAACAGCUUAGCUUACCUACCGCCGACAGCCGAGUUCCCUGAGGGCCUAGUGCUCUCUGGUGGACAAGAUACAAUCAUUGAAGCGCGACAGCCCAGCAAGUCUGCCACGGACAAUGCGGAUGCUAUGUUAUUAGGCCAUGGCCACAACAUCUGUGCUCUGGAUGUUUCUCCAGACGGUGGUUGGAUCGUCAGCGGCAGCUGGGAUUCGACAGCUCGCCUUUGGAGGGUUAGAAAAUGGGAGACUGAGGUUGUACUGGAAGGCCAUGGAGGGAGCGUCUGGGCCGUCCUAGCCUAUGACAAGAAUACCAUUAUUACAGGCUGUGCCGACCAAAUGAUUCGCAUAUUCAACACCUCCGGUGCCCUCCUUGGAAGCAUCAAGAAUUCCAACGACGUCGUACGAGCUCUCUGCAAGGUUCCUGCCUCAAAUUCCACCGGUGCCCAGUUUGCCUCGGCCAGCAAUGAUGGGAUUAUUCGAUUGUACACCUUACAAGGUAAUCUGGUCGCCUCUCUUCAUGGCCAUGAAAGCUUUGUUUACUCCCUCGCUGCGCUACCCUCGGGCGAGCUUGUGAGCUCCGGAGAAGACCGUACCGUCAGGAUAUGGCAGGGAACGCAGUGCAUUCAAACCAUCACCCAUCCUGCCAUCUCCGUUUGGAGCGUUGCUGUGUGUAAUGAAACCGGUGACAUUGUCAGCGGCGCCAGUGACCGCACCACUCGGGUAUUCAGUCGGAGCCCAGAUCGCCAGGCUGCACCUGAGGUCAUUCAACAAUUCGAGCAAUCUGUCAAGGAGUCGGCUAUCCCUGCUGAGCAGGUUGGAAAGAUCAAUAAAGAGCAAUUGCCUGGUCCAGAAUUCCUGAAGGAGCGAUCCGGAACGAAAGAAGGUCAGGUUCAGAUGAUCCGCGAGUCGGACGGGAGUGUCACUGCCCAUACUUGGUCAUCAGCAACCCAGGAAUGGAUUGCUGUUGGUACAGUGGUAGACUCGGCAGCAAGCAGCGGCCGGAAAACGGAGUAUCUCGGACAAGACUAUGAUUAUGUCUUCGACGUCGACAUCGAGGACGGCAAACCUCCGCUGAAACUUCCAUAUAAUGUCUCUCAGAACCCAUAUGAAGCGGCGACCAAGUUCAUCGGGGAUAAUGAGCUACCCAUGUCCUAUCUUGAUCAGGUCGCGAACUUUAUCACGCAGAAUACCCAGGGUGCCACGCUUGGUCAAUCUCAAGAGAGUGGUGCGGACGCUUGGGGCUCGGAGCGACGUUACAGGCCUGGUGAUGAUGCCACAGCCAAUCAACCUGCACCCCCGCCUGUUCCCGAGUCGCGUCCUCAAGUUCUUCCCCAAAAGACAUAUCUCUCCAUCCGCUCCGCGAAUACCAAGGUCAUCGCCAAAAAGAUCAAGGAAUUGAACGAUAAGAUCCUAUCCGAGGGAGACAAAAACAUAGCCCUGAAUUCUUCGGAGUUGGAGACUGUCGUGGCGCUUUGCGGGCAAUUAGAAACCUCUCAGAAGUUGCCAGACUCUCCAGCGGUCCAGGCGGGAAUUCCUUUGGUCUUCAAUAUUGCAACCACGUGGCCAACAGCCAACCGGCUUCCCGGGUUGGAUCUGCUUCGUUUGCUGGCUGCUGCGACGCCCACUACCGCGACUACCGAGUAUGAUGGGGUGGACCUCAUUUCUGGGGUCCUGUCUAGUGGCGUUUUCGAUCCACCUCUCAAUGUCAACAACGCUAUGCUUUCAGUCCGAGUCUUUGCCAACCUCUUCGAGACGGAUACGGGCCGCAGUCUGGCUAUUCAGACCUUUGACCAGGUGCUCGCCGGUGUGAAAGCCGCAUUGGCCAACAGCGGAGACGCGCCCAACCGUAACCUCACCAUUGCCAUAACGACACUCUACAUCAACUUUGCAGUUUACCUUACCUCCGAAGGCCGCGCCCAGACUCCCGAAGCGGCGGAGCGGGGCCUGAUGCUCCUCGAGGAGCUCACCCAGAUCGUCUCCGGCGAGAAAGAUUCCGAAGCAGUCUACCGUGGGCUUGUUGCGCUGGGCACACUUGUCCAGGCCCUGGGGGCCGAGGUCAAGAGUGCUGCGAAGGAGAUCUACGAAGUUGACAAGGUGCUCUCUCGCGUCUCGACAUCUGGACCGGGUAAGGAACCGCGGAUUAAGGGUGUGAUCGGUGAGAUCAGAUCCACUCUCUAG